AUUUUGACCGCGACGGUCACAUCACAUGCGAGUCUCAGUUCCACACAUUCCCCAGGCCAUCCUCUCUGCCGCUAAAUCCUCUCUUCCUUUGAUUUCGAGGGAAGAGGCUAUUGCGAAACUAUGCGACUUUUUGAAGACAGGCAACGUAACGGUUUUGACAGGCGCUGGAGUCAGCGUUGACUCGGGGAUUCGAGCUUAUAGAGGACCAGAUGGUCGGUACAUGAACCCGAAUUACAAGCCUAUAUUCUAUCACGAACUGAUAGACGAGAGCGAAAAGGGCCAAUACUUUAGACAGCGAUACUGGUUACGCUCGUAUCUCGGCUACCCACCCGUGAGGGAUGCCCAACCCAACACCACCCAUUUCGCUCUGGCUUCCCUAUCGUAUUCCGGGCACGUAUCCCAGCUCAUCACUCAGAAUGUAGAUGGACUGCAUCACAAGGCACUUCAACAAUCCGGGGAUCCCGCUUGGACUGGCGACCGCAUAAACCGACACAUCCUCGAACUACACGGCACUCUUCAUCGCGUACAUUGCCAACGAGGCCACGCCAUAGAUCGCAACACAUUCCAAGACAUGCUCUCAGCAGCCAACCCACAAUGGCACGAGUUUGCUCAAGAAACGGAAAGGUUGCAGAAGCCACUACGGACUAAUCCAGACGGAGACGUCGCCAUCGAACAUUUGGGAGUCUCGUACAAGGACUUCGUAGUCCCCGAAUGCCCUCAUUGUUUCGCAGAAGGUCACAGGUCGUCGACGCACAAACCCGCUGUCGUGUUCUUCGGGGAGUCCAUUGCAAAAGAAGUUAAAGAGCGAUCGUUCCGCGACGUCGAGGCCUCCGACAAGCUACUCUUAAUAGGAACGACGCUCGCUACGUAUUCUGCCUUCAGACUAGUCAAACAUGCCUUAGAACUCGAAAAGCCUGUCGUGCUACUCAACCUGGGGCCAACGCGGGCAGACAACCUACCUGGUAUUGACAAAAUCGAAUGGAGUAGCCGAUCCGUCUUGACCGAGGCUGCUAAAACGAUCUUGGCUCCGAGGCUAGGUACUGAUGCGACACUUCGAACGAUGCUUCAGAGUGGGAUCGUGAAACCGCCGCCUGCCUCGGACGAUGACAGAGCCCCUCGGGCAGCUGGAUAA